AUAUGACAUUUCGACAUAUUUUAUUAAACGUCGGAUUAAUAUUAAUGAUAAUUAUACUAUUUACUGAAAAAUUUGCUAAAAGUGACACUGAACUUUAUAACAAUGUGUUGAAUAGCAUUCCUGUAAUACCACUGCAUUAUGAUGUCAAAAUAAAUUUUAAAGUAUCCAAAAAUAUCUUUUUUGGAGAAUGCAAUAUUAUCAUCCAAAUUAAAGAUUUAACAGAAAAUAUAACUAUAAUGAGUUCAAGAAUUUUCAGUAUAGUAAACAUAAGCCUGAUUGACAACAAUAAUAAUCAAAUAAUCAAUAUUCCGAAUUUUUCAUUUAUCAAUAAACCGCUUAAUAAGACGUACAUUUUUUUGGAUUUUAUCGAGUCAUCAAUGCUAUUUCUAUCUCUUGGUACGUAUAUCUUAAAAAUGAUAUAUGUGCAAACCAUAUUAGAUAGCGGAGAUUAUUUCGAAUCUUUCUACACACAUAAAGGAGAAUUAUUACGCAACAAAGGUAUUAAACUAAUAAAAGCAGGAGAACUAUUUCCAUGUUGGGACGAGCCUGUAUUUAAAUCAACUUUUAAGAUUUCUAUCUUGCAUCAUAAAAACUACACAUUUUUGUCGAGUAUGUCGAUACGAGAGCAAUUUGAAGAUGUGAAUGACAUGAUGUGGACUCACUUUGACAAAUCAUAUUCAAUAUCCGCUCAACAUUUAACAAUUGUGAUAAUUGAAAUAAUUAAAUUCAGUUAUUUCUCGAUUUUUUACGAAAAUGUCAAAUUUUGGUAUAGAAUGGAGGCAGUAGAACAGAUGCAAUUUGCAAAUGACAUUGUCGGAGAUGUCUUGUACCGUUUGGAACAAAAAAGUAUAACAAAUAUAUCAAAAAUAGAUUAUGUUGUAAUUAAAGACUUUCAAUACAGUAACGUAAAGUCACGGGGAUUCGUUCUAUUAAGGGAAGAAGAUGUUAUUUAUAAUAAUACAAUAGAUCACAAUGUCCGUAAAAUGGAAGUGGCAAACUUAAUAGCGCGUGAAACGAUAUUUUGUUGGUACAGCGAUGUGUUUCUGUGGUCAAAGGAAGGAUUUAUUACAUUUCUUGCAGCCGAUAUUUUGAAUCAGGCUCAAUAUCGCACGAUGGAUUUAUUUGUCGUCCAAACACAACAGGAAUCUUUACGUUUCGAUACUCUCCCUGUAGAUUCACAUCCAUUAUACACCGCAAACAUCUCUGCAGUUAAUUCAUUUCAAUCGUCUUUUCAAUAUAUCAAAUCAUUCAUUGCAUGGCGCAUGUUAUAUCAUCUAGUAUCUUACAAUGUGUUCUGGACUGGUAUUCGCACAUAUAUAAUGCAAUAUAAUCAGUCAAAUGUACACGUCGACCAAUUGUGGAAUAUUAUACAAAUUGUUUUCGAUAAUUAUGGCAGCAACCUACAACAUUUAAAUAUAACAGAUGUAAUGAAUACUUUUAUAUUAACUGAACAAAAAUAUUCUCAUCUGUUCGUGGAACGAAAUUAUUUGAAUGCCAUGACAAUAUUCACUUGCAUUAAUUUUACACUCGAUGAAAGAGCGACAUUUCUAACAUUAGUUACAUAUACGACAAAAUCAAAUGACUAUAAGUCCUUUUUGUUUGAUUGCCAAAAACCGUGGUACGCAAAUAAGAAGUUUGACAAAAAUGACUGGAUUAUAGUCAAUUUAGAACAAAUUGGUAAAUAUACAUAUUAA